GUUCUAAUUUGCUUCACUUUUAUGGAAGUUCUAAUUUGCUUCACUUUCAUGAGGAUUCUAAUUUGCUUUAUUUUCAUGGGGGUUCUAAUUUGCUUCACUUUUAUGGAGAUUCUGAUUUGCUUCACUUUUAUGAGGUAUCUUGGUAUCCUUUUGCUGUUAUAUGUUGGUGUUGA